ACACCUCAACAUCCGACGCAGAUACAAAUAUUAUUUGAAAUAUUGUUACUUAACGUCUAGUUUCCCUUGUAAUAAGAUAUCAUGGGUAUAAUUUGUCAAAUCCUAUUUCACAACAACGUGCACGGAGUCUUCUAUGCGGGCCAAACCAUUUCUGGUCAAGUGACUAUAUCUACAGAUAAGGUUUACCAAAUAAAAGCCAUUCGCCUUAAGAUUAAGGGUUACGCAGAAACCCAUUGGACGGAAAGUAAAACGGAUUCCAACAACAAAUCGACUUCCGAGUCGUAUAAUGGCUUUGAGAAGUACCUUUCCAGCAAAGUUUAUUUAAUGGGUUCAAGCACAAGUAACGAAAUGUCUUUGACACCUGGUACCUACACCUUUAACUUUGCCCGCGAAAUCCCUCUCCAUUGCCCUUCAUCUUUCGAGGGGACCCACGGGCGUAUACGUUAUGCGGUCGAUGUGAAUAUGGUUCAGCCCUGGAAGUACGACAGUCACUUCGCAAGACCGUUCACUGUAGUUCAAGUGAUGAACUUGCAUACUUACGAGUCGGUUUCAAAGAUUCCCGUGAUGGCCAAGAGUGAGAAGACCUUUGGUGUGUGGCCUUUCCGUUCGGACCCUUUGAGCUUGGAGCUAACCCUGCCUCAGAACGGUUUUGUUCCUGGCCAAGUGGUGCCCGUGAGGGUUUUAGUGGGUAACGAAAGCAAAAUCAAGGUUCAUGAGCUUAAAGUCAGCCUGGCCAUGAUGAUUACCUACUACAGUGACUUAAGCAGUGGCACUAACUCUGAGAGAUGGUCUGUGGUUAAAAUGAAAUCCGAUGGAGUGAUGAGAAAUUCUCGGAGACUGUAUGAUUUUCAGUUGCUAGUGCCCUCCACUCCGCCAACGUGCUAUGACUUGUGUCGCAUUAUUAAAAUUGGUUACCAGAUCGAAGUUGUGGCAAAGGUUAAGGGAAUGCACAUUAAUGGCACACUUGUGAUGCCGGUUACCAUUUGUGGCGUGCCCAUUACGCCACAAAUGCCACAAAAUCUUCCAGUCACCCCAACAGCUCCCCAGGCUCCAGAUGAAAGGGCUUUGGUUUUGCUGGAGAAUGAGGGCGCUUGUGCACCAGCUGCUCCUGCUUAUCCUUGGGCAGAGGAUGGUUCCAUGGCCCCACCCAGUUAUGCGGAGGCCAUGCACUUACAACCACUUCCGGACAAAUCAAAGGAAAAACAGCUACCGGAUGGAGCUUUGGCGGAUAAACCCUAUAAGCCUUUAUAUCCCGUAUUUAAUGUCCCGACAAUAGCCCAGGAAACGAAGGACAAACAAUCUGGCUUAGACAAAGAGGAAAACAAAUGAGACAGGCUCACAGACGCACCAAGAAAUUUAAGGCACUGUUCUUUGAUCCUUCUAGGAUCCAAUGGGUUCGCGUAAACCUAUACCAGGGUUCUACUGCCCCUUUUUAGCGGCAGCUGGGGAGGUCUUUGUAUACUUUAUAUUGCUGUGUCGGCGAUAAGAUAAAAAUUGGCCCAGCCAUCGCCGCGAAUAAAAGAACAUAUAGACCCAGCA